GCUCCUAAGGAGGUGCUGUGAUUGAGUCCUGGUCAUUUGAUUGCACUUUACUGGAGGUCCACUUACAACCAGGAAGCAAGGGAGAGGGAAGGAAAGAGAGCGAGAGGAAGAAAUACAGAGAGAGCUCCCUGCUCUGUCUCCAAGACUUGUGAGGUAAUCAAGCCUAUUUCCUGACUUUUCGACAGGCCCACUCUCUUGUGCUAUCAUUCUUGAAAGGGAAGAAGACUCUAUUUCUGGGGAGUUUUUGGGGGGUGCGAUCUGUCUUUUUCGGUCCAAACUGCCUUCCCAGCUAUUGACAAUGUGGCGUCUGGUGUGUCCCCCUGUUUAGGGAAAGAAAGAUGCCAACGGGUCUGUUUGUCUGUCUGUAGGUUGCAAACUAAUGGAUUACCCUUUGGACUUUUACUCUCUCUUAUUGCUCAAUAGGAUGCAGUGAGUAAUCUUAUCCUUGCCUUCACAGCCCCCCACCUCCUCCUCCUCUUGUUCUUUCUCUCCUCUCCUCUGUGGCUGCCGGUUCAAUCGCUCCAUAGGCCAGCUGUUCUCUUGUUCCUGGCCCUGAGGUAAGAGAAGAAAAGAGGGGAUUGUUAUUCCUCUUCUUCCUUCCCUCAUCUGCUCGCUCACUCCAAAGAUGAAUUUCAUCUUUGGUAGCAACACUCAGUUCCCGCGGGGUGGGCGAAGCAGUGGGGGCGGGGGCCAGGAAGGUCCCAAGAAACAGAAGCAGGGGCCCAAGAGAUGCUCCUCAGAAGAACUGCACUCAGAACACAAUACGGGCUCACCUUCCUCCUCCUCCUUUUCCUCAUCUCGCUGGCAGCAGCUCAUCACCUUCAUCUCAAAGAGAAACGCCUUCAGUGAAUGCAUCACGGCUGGAGGCACACAGGCAAACCCACGUCCAGUGGUGGUCAACACAGACAGUUUGGACACCCCCCCAUACGUGAAUGGAACAGAAGCAGAUUAUGAGUAUGAGGAGAUCACCCUGGAACGGGGUAACUCGGGGUUGGGCUUCAGUAUUGCGGGGGGGACAGAUAACCCCCACAUUGGAGAAGACCCCAGUAUCUUCAUCACCAAGAUCAUCCCUGGAGGAGCUGCAGCUCAGGACGGAUGCCUCAGAGUGAAUGACUGCAUCUUGAGAGUAAACGAGGCAGACGUGAGGGAUGUGACCCACAGUAAGGCCGUGGAGGCCCUAAAAGUGGCCGGCUGCAUCGUCAGGCUCUACGUCCGCAGGAGAAAAGUCCUCUCAGAGAAGAUCAUGGAGAUCAAACUAGUCAAAGGUCCUAAAGGGCUAGGGUUCAGUAUUGCGGGGGGAGUAUGGAACCAGCACAUCACAGGCGACAACAGCAUCUAUGUCACCAAGAUCAUUGAGGGAGGGGCUGCACACAAAGACGGGAGGUUGCAAAUAGGAGACAAACUAUUGGCUGUAAACAGCGCUUGUCUUGAGGAGGUGAGUCACGAGGAUGCCGUGGAGGCCUUGAAAAACACCCCCGAUGUGGUUUACUUGAAAGUGGCGAAACCCACCAGUGUCUUCAUGAACGACAGCUUCGCUCCGCCCGACAUCACCAACUCAUAUUCCCCUCACAAGGACAACCAUAUCAGCCCGUCCAACUACCAUAGCCAGCCCCAUACCCCCGACACACCCGGACGCUACUCACCCAUCCCCAAGAGCAUAUUGGGAGACGACGAGAUCACAAGGGAGCGCAGGAAGGUGGUGUUACACCGUGGCUCUACAGGCCUGGGUUUUAACAUAGUAGGAGGAGAGGAUGGAGAGGGAAUCUUUAUUUCCUUUAUCCUGGCUGGUGGACCUGCUGACCUCUGUGGAGAGCUCCGGAAAGGAGACCGCAUCAUCUCAGUAAACGGGGUUGAGCUCCACAGUGCAACCCAUGAGCAGGCAGCUGCUGCUCUGAAGAACGCUGGACAGACGGUCAACAUCGUAGCCCAGUACAGGCCAGAGGAAUACAGUCAGUUUGAAGCCAAAAUCCAUGAACUUCGGGAGCAGAUGAUGAACAGUAGAAUCAGCUCAGGCUCUGGCUCUCUACGGCCCAGCCAGAAAAGAACGCUCUACGUCAGGGCCCUGUUUGACUAUAACAGGACAAAGGACUCUGGGCUGCCCAGCCAGGGGCUUAACUUCCACUUUGGAGACAUCCUUCACGUGGUGAACGCCUCCGAUGACGAGUGGUGGCAGGCAAGGCACAUGACCCACGAAGAAGAGGUAGAUGAGGUCGGAGUCAUCCCCAGCAGGAGGAGGGUAGACAGAGCGCGGUUAAAGACUGUCAAAUUCAAUGCCAGGUCUCAAGACAAAGGGGUCCCUGACAACAAAGCACUGAGUGGCCAGGAGGAGUACGUCCUGUCCUACGAGCCGGUCACACAGCAGGAAGUGAACUACACACGACCCGUCAUCAUCCUGGGGCCAAUGAAGGACCGUAUCAACGAUGACCUCAUCUCAGAGUUCCCUGACAAAUUUGGAUCCUGUGUCCCACACACGACCAGACUAAAACGGGAUUACGAGGUGGAUGCCAGAGACUACCAUUUUGUGGUGUCCAGGGAGCAGAUGGAGAAAGACAUCCAGGAUCACAAGUUCAUCGAGGCAGGCCAGUACAACAACCACCUGUAUGGAACCAGCAUCCAGUCUGUACGGGAGGUCGCUGAGAAGGGGAAGCAUUGCAUCCUGGAUGUUUCAGGCAACGCCAUCAAACGACUACAGUCGACCAUGCUCUACCCCAUUGCUAUUUUCGUCAAGCCCAAGUCUGUGGAGAAUAUCCUAGAGAUAAAUAAGAGGCUAACAGAGGACCAGGGGAGGAAGACGUUUGACAGAGCCAUAAAACUGGAGCAGGAGUUCACUGAGCACUUCACUGCUAUAGUCCAGGGGGACUCUCUGGAGGAGAUCUACAACACGGUGAAAAUCAUCAUCGAGGAGCAGUCAGGACCCUUCAUCUGGGUGCCUGCCAAGGAGAAGUUGUGAAAGGAGGACAGAAGAGAGUACCCUUAUUUUCUUUAAGUGGUCUUCAUGUCUUCUCUGAUUUUACGUCUUUUUAUUUUUACCAACCUGGCCUGCUGUGAUCGCUGGCCCUCUUACCCCCCCCCCACACACACAUACAUGCAUGCAUACAUAUAUACAGUACACACACGUCUCCAUCUUUCUCUCACACACAAACACCACCCUGCUCCCCUCUGUCACACUGGCUAGAGAGCUGAUCACGCGUUGGAGUUGAUGAUCUAUCUUUCUCUCUCUCACACACACACACGCACAAAAUUAUUUAAUGCUGUCUCUUUCUCUCACACACAAACAUACACUCUCUGGGGUGUUCUUGGGCUGUCUCUGACUGGUGUCUGGACCUUGUCUCUGGAUGUUUUUCAUGCUUAUGGGGGGAUUUGUUUUUGGUACAAUUCCUUAAUGUUUAAGGAACAUGAUUUUAGAUGCAAUAUUAAUUAUAUAUUUUUCCCUUUUUUUUUCAUGUAUAGGUUCGUCAAAGGAAAUGACAUGAGGCAAAACUUAGCACGUUAUAGUUUUAAAGAGCAUGUUUCGGACAUGUUUUCUUGUCACGUUUUUGUUCUUUAUUUCUCAUUUGGACUUGUAUCUGAACUGCAUUACUCAUCGCCAUUAUUUUUCACAUGUUGUAUAUCCAUGCACACCAACGUACGUCUCUGCUCAUCUGAAGCAGCCAUGCAUACCUGUUUUAGUCUUUUCGAACUGCGCAGAGGUAACUAGGUGAGUAGUUUUCUAUCAUUAGCCGCCUUCGUUCACUACGAUCCAUGAUGGUUUUAAUCUAUUCAUGUCACUAAGCUUUUUUGGGGGGGGGUCUACUUCCCGACCAGAAAUAGAGUGAAUGAAUGAAUGGCUGUUUUUGAACUGACUCCAGGUGUCCAUGUAUUAAUAUUAGGAGCAAAACACUGACGCAAAAUAAUGAAUUGUACACUGAGAUUUUAACUGAUAUUUAACCUUCAGUCUACUGCCUAUUUUGUUAUAAUAAAAUGUCUAUUGAGCUUUACUUAAACUCUUACAGAUAUGGGGAAUAAUGUUCUUUGUUGUUGAAGGUACAGUUUAUGAAUAUUAAUAUAUAACAGUACCAGUCAAAAGUUUGGACACCUAC